CAGGAUGCCUCUUGCUGUAGAUAGCAAUGUCCAGCUUCUCAUUAGGUCGGACAGUCCCUGUUAAUGUAAUCACAUGGUCUGGAAAUGAAGAGGAGACUGUCUCAGGUACUAGGGUUAAAUAGAUUCAGUUAAUAUUAGUCAUAGCUUAUUUAUAAAAUUGUAGUUCCUAUUCUAUAGGAUUGUACGUUUUUAUAUAUCAUGAGUGUUUGACCAUAGUACUACAUAUGUUGUAUGAAUAACACUUCUUGUAAGAUGGGCUGGAAAAGCAUUAUGGGAACAACAGCUUAAUGGACUGAUUGGAUGCCACAGGUAUAUGUAGCCUUUUGAUAAUUAUUGUACUUGUGUGUUUUGUUUAUUUUUCCAUUUGUCUGUCAGUGAGGACAUUAUUAAUUUGAGUAAACAGAUCACCAUUUUUUUAUGAUACAUGUUUUCCAAUAAUUUAUUUUUAUUUUAUUUUUGUUCUAUUUCUGUUCCUUACAACAUACUAUUUUUUUUGGUUAUCACUGACUGUAUAUAUAUAUAUAUAUAUAGAGAGAGAGAGAGAGAGAGAGAGAGAGAGAGAGAGUCACGCAGUGUUGAAAACAAAAUUAUGGUAUAUUUUUGGACCUGAAAAAUCAAUUUCAGCCAUGCUAUCAUAAAGGUUUAAGAUUUUAAAUGUUAGUGCUAUUUUUUUCACUCGGUAGUGGAGGAAACAUCUGUGGUAGAAAUUGUUUUGUGGUUAAGCCUCACGGGGCUUUAAUAAUGCAUCUCAAUGUCUGUUGUAUAGACUUUGUAGUUGCCGGCAGUUAUGCACAUUACUGUCCUAAUGUGUUAGAGCCAGAAUUUGUGGAAUAAAUGUAUAACAGCCAUCUGAGCUCCUCCAGUCAAAUGCCUGCUAUCAGUUCUAUUCAGUCAGGAAAACAAAGCGCCUCUAGUGGUUGUCAGGAAGAUAGUACAUUUAUUAAGAGGACAGUGAAUUUUACAUUUUUGGCCUUAAAUUGUAAAUUUACUUUCAAUUCACUUUCGGUUCCUGACAUUUCUAUCUGCAUUGAACAACCCUUUUAAAGUAGCACCUUAAAUCAAAUAUAGUUCAUAUAGUUCUAUAGUUGUUAGUUAUUAAAUAAAUCAGUUGUAAAUUGACAAUUCUCUUAUUUAGCUUAAAGGAAUAAUAUAGUCACCCAGACCACUUAAUUUAAAUGAAAUGGUCUGGGUGCAGUGGUCAUGUCAUUUUAACCCUACAAAGUGAAACCUUUUUAGAAACUGCAAUGGUUAUAUCUAGAUUUCCAUGGGACUAGGGCCCUCAACUCCUCCUGUUUUUGUUUGUAAUAUUUUAUGUUGUCUCUGUAUUGUAAAACAUGCUAUUGUAGAGAAACAUCAUACAUUUCUGAUUUAGUGCCUGUCUCUGCAGUCCUCUGGAGAUAAGGUAGGAGGCCAUCUUGGGCCCAAGCGCACUGUGUGUUUGCCGCGGCAACUAUCCUAUGUUCAUGCUCAUCUGUGUUUUUUUUUUUUUUUUUAUUGCUUUGCCUUCCGACCUAUCGUGUAACUGCACGUGUAACUCGGAAAUCUUAUAAUGUUCCUCAAAUCAGGGUUAUAUAGCGAUACAAUAAGGUAGUAAUUUCACGUUAUAUCAGAGCUCUCACUGAGUGCGUCAUCCGGUCCAGCUGCUUGACUACACCCUCCCAAGCAGAAUGUUUUUUAAAGAUUAGCAACAGUAUUUCUUUGAUUUAGGACAUUGCAUCUAUUUUUUAAUUUACUGGUGAAUAUGAGGUUGGACCACAAGGGAAUAUAAUUACCGUAUUUUUCGCUCCAUAAGACGCACUUUUUUCCCCCUCAAAAGUGAGGGGAAAUGUCUGUGCAUCUUAUGGAGCGAAUGUGAAGAAUUACUUACCUGUCUUGGAGCGUGGGCCGGCUUCACAGCGCGCUCCGCGGUCCAGGAACUUCUAUUUCAGGUUCCGGUUUUCGGCGGGACUGAAAGGAAGUGUGCACACUGAGUGUGCACACUUCCUUUCAGUCCCACCAGCUUCAGCCAAACACAGGGCUGCAGAAAACACUUUAUAGAAAACUGUAUAAAACCAAAUACUUAAUAUAGAACAAAGGGAAGAGCACACUAUAGAGACAAGAGAGAGACACUAGGAGAAAGAGAGAGAGGAAACACUAUGGGGACAAGGAGGAGAACACUAUAGGACAGGGAGAGGAACACUAUAGGAGAAAAAGGAGAACAUUAUAGGAGAAAAGGAGGGAGACACUAUAUAGGACAAAAGAGGAGGAAGGAAACACUAUAGGACAAGGAGGAGAGGAAGACACUAUAUAGGACAAGGGAGGGAGGGAGGAGACACACUAUAGGACAGGGAGAGAGGACACUAUAGGAGAAAAGGGAGAACACUAUAGGACAAGGGAGAGACACACUAUAGGACAAGGAGAGGGACACUAUAGGACAAGGGAGGGAGGAGACACUAUAGGACAGAAAGAGAGGGAGGGAGGGAACACUAUGGAGGACAAGGGGGAGGAGAACACUAUAAGACAGGGGAGGGGGAGGAGAACACUAUAGAACAGGGGAGGGGGAAGAGAACACUAUAGAACAGGGGAGGGCGAGGAGAACACUAUAAAACAGGGCAGGGGGGAGGAGAACACUAUAAAACAGGGCACACUAUUGGACAAGGGGAGGGGGAGACACUAUGGGACAAGGAGAGGGGGAGACACUAUGGGACAAGGGGAGGGGGACACUAUGGGACAAGGGGAGGGGGACACUAUGGGAGAAGGGGAGGGGGAGACACUAUGGGACAAUGGCAGGGGGGGACACUAUGGGAGGGAAAGUGCACUAUGGGACAAUGGGAGGGGAGGACACUAUGGGAUCAGAACACUAAUGGACAAGGGGAGGAGGGGUUAAAGAACACUAUGGGACAGGGUAGGAGGGGUUAACAAUCACUAUGGGACAGGGUAGGAGGGGUUAACAAUCACUAUGGGACAGAGGAAAGGGGGGUUAAAGAUCAUUAUGGGACAGGGGAGAAAAAAAAAUAUUCUGAACAAACUGUCCCAUGGUAAGAAACACUAUGGAACAGUUUGUUUAGAAUAUUUUUUUUUCUGGGUUUCCUCCUCUAAAAACUAGGUGCGUCUUAUAGUGAGGUGCGUCUUAUGGAGCGAAAAAUACGGUACUGUACCUUUAUAAUAUUGUAAAGCGCUGUGGAAUAAGUUAGUACUAUAUACAUAUAAUAAUAAUAAUAGAUUUGUGAUGCAUUAUGUGGCGGUUGAUGUGGAUUUUAUUAGAGAGACACCUGUCUGUUCACCUGUACCUCUUUUACUAAAAUAUAACACUGUAGAAUGUGUUGGUGUUUUAUAAAGUAUAAUAAUAUUUAUAAUAACAAAAUAAAUCCACCUCUAGUUGCUUUCUUAUUGACAGCCACUAGAGGCGCUUCCUUCCCAGUUCGAGUAAAGCUUUAUCUGGAAAUCAAAUGCAGCUGAUAGCAUCAUCUGCUUGGAGGAGUGUGACAUUUGGCUGCGCAUGUGUAUAUCCAAUUCAUUGCUUCUCUCUGAGAAUCAAUGGAUUGGAGAAGAUUGCAAAGACGUCAGCAGACGUGCUGAUCUCUUUGAAGAAAGAGUCCCGGUGCUGGAAAAGAGGUGAGUAAACUUUAUUUAAUUUUUUAAACACAAAGGGGUAUAAUGGUUUAUUAUGUCAUUUUCAGGACUACAGAUUACCUUUAAGAAUGUUUCACUUGUCUGUGUUAAUGAACUGUAAUAUAUAUUUUUUAUAUGUGUUCUUUAAAUGAUAGCAUGGAAAUUGUAUUUACAGGAUUCAGAGUGCAGUAAUAUAGGCACAAAAAGUGUUUAACAGCUUUCAGUAGGUCUCAUGCAUCAGUGAACUGGAUAUCUUGCCAAGAUUCUAAAUAUAGCAAAUGAAAAAAAAAAAUCUUGCUUUCUAAAGUAUAUCUUCAAGUACUUUCUACAAUGAAGAAAAUCUGCGAAAUCGUGAUCUCUUAACAAGACCAUAUUUCAAAUGUCACUUUCCCAACUAAAGCUGUCACUAACAUGGCUUGGUAUCACUUCAAAGAGUAUGUCAGUUGUACACAGCAGUAGCAAAUGUAUAGAUGACCUUCUUGGACUUUUGUGCUAUGUCGUCAAUAGUGUUUUCAACUUCAGUGACAUGCAGACAUCCCACAAUCCCUGCAUACCUCCCAACUGUCCCUGUUUAGGAGGGGCAGUCCAUAUUUUGGGUCCAACUCCCCCGUCCCUCUUUUCUAUCCUAAUGUAACUCUUUUCAUAUUGUUUGUGCGCUUGAGUGGAUAACAGAGAUCCACAUAAUACUUACAGUAAUGUGUCAGACUGUAAAUAAGAUACAUUGUUUUUGUUUAAAAUUGCAUGAAUUGUUAAAGGGACACUAUAGUCACCUGAACAACUUUAGCUUAAUGAAGCAGUUUUGGUGUAUAGAACAUGCCCCUGCAGCCUCACUGCUCAAUCCUCUGCCAUUUAGGAGUUAAAUCCCUUUGUUUAUGAACCCUAGUCACACCUCCCUGCAUGUGUCUUGCACAGCCUUCCAUAAACACUUCCUGUAAAGAGAGCCCUAUUUAGGCUUUCUUUAUUGCAAGUUCUGUUUAAUUAAGAUUUUCUUAUCCCCUGCUAUGUUAAUAGCUUGCUAGACCCUGCAAGAGCCUCCUGUAGGUGAUUAAAGUUCAAUUUAGAGAUUGAGAUACAAUUAUUUAAGGUAAAUUACAUCUGUUUGAAAGUGAAACCAGUUUUUUUUUCAUGCAGGCUCUGUCAAUCAUAGCCAGGGGAGGUGUGGCUGGGGCUGCAUAAACAGAAACAAAGUGAUUUAACUCCUAAAUGACAGUGAAUUGAGCAGUGAAAUUGCAGGGGAAUGAUCUAUACACUAAAACUGCUUUAUUUAGCUAAAGUAAUUUAGGUGACUAUAGUUUUCCUUUAAUAGUAAGUCACCUAAAAUUUCAAAGAAUAGCCCUACCUGUCACUCCCACUCACACCCCUAAAAUAAAAAGUGUCCCUCUUUGUCCAUUUGAAAUGCUGGGAGGUGUGAUUCUGCAAAUGAAAUAGUGGGGUAUUGACUGUGUCAUUAAGGUCUAUGCUGGUUGAAAUGGAAGCGUAAUUGUAUCUAAAACUGUAAAGUUCAUAUUUUAAUCUGUGCAUAUGUUGGUGAUUUCCAUAGCACUGUUUGUUGACUGAACACAUAUGUACCAGAAUGAUUUAAAGGGACACAAUAGUAACCAAAAAGUUUUAGCUCUUAAUGAAGAAGUUUUGAUAUAGAGUAUGACCCUGCAGUCAAACUGCUCAGCACUCUGCAUCUAGGAGUGAAAUCACUUUGUUUAUACAGCCCUAGUCACACCUUCCUGAAUGUGAUGUGCACAGCCUUCUUAAACCCUUCCUCUAAAGAGUUAUCUAAUGUUUACACCUCAUUUAUUGGACUUUCUGUUUAAUUUAGAAUUUCUAUUUAGAAUCUCCUGCUCUGUUAAUAGCUUGCCAGACUCUGAAGAUGCCUCCUGUGUGUGAUUGCAGUCCAAUUUACAGUGCAGGAGAUACAAACUUCUAAAGUAAAUUACAUCUUUUUUUUCAUGCAGGCUGUGUCAGUCACAGCCAGGGAGGUGUGAUUGGAGCUGCAUACACAGAAACAAAAGUGAUUUAACUCAUUAAUGGCCGAAAAAAGAAAAAAUGCUCUAUACACCAAAACUGCUUUAUUAUACUAAAGUUGUUUUGUUGACUAUAGUGUCAUAGUGAGACCGUAGCAUCAUUAAACUCACAGUAUUAUGCCUUUAAGUUACUGUAGAUGUGUUUAGGUUUACAUUUGUUUAAAUAAAACACUUUAUAGCUGUUCUAAAUAAAAUGUUCAGUACAUUAAUGGCCAUCGAUAGGCAAUAAGUUCAUCUACAGAAAAGCCUCACCAAAUGGUUAGACUUUUAGUCCCACACCCUAGAACCAUCACAGAUGAUGAUUAUUGCCUCCAUAUUUUGCUAUAACCUAAUGUUUUCAUUCUUUUUACUCAUCAGCAAGUGGACAAGGGGGACCUGAGUACCUUGAACCUUCCUCCCAGUGUAGCUCAUGGCGGUUCAGAGGGAAACAUCAGCCUGGAAGUUCCAGAGGGUGCACCGGACCCUCAACGCACCAAAGCUGCAAUGGACCAUCUUCACCAGAAGAUCCUCAAAAUUACAGAACAAAUAAAGAUAGAGCAAGAGGCCCGGGACGAUAAUGUGGCAGAGUAUCUGAAACUGGCUAACAAUGCAGACCGACAACAGGCCUCCCGUAUUAAACAGGUACCAUGGAGUUUGGCAUGCUAUAGCUCAUUGAUACUAUUUAGAAAUACAGCAGUAUACUGUGAAAAUUUAAUACCUCGUAAACGAAGACCUCCUCGUUCAUUCGUUUAGUUUAUUACAAGGAAGGAGCUACCGGCUCGCGGCUCCCUCCUUGUAAUAUGUGAAAUUAGAAGCUGCCUGCCACUUCCUAACUCCCCCCAUGCCCCCGUCAUUCUAUCAGGGUCAGUAUGAUUAAAAACUCCCGAAUGCGCCUACUCGCUAUGCCUACUAAACACCCGCCACUCACUGUUCUAGAAAAAAAGCCUAGCAUAGGUCCCCUAUGGUGAGGAAUCUACUAAAAUAAUUAACAGGGAGGACAUGGUGUCCUUCCCCAACCGUGCCCCGUCGAGUGGGUGCUCUUCAACGGAAAGGGGAACCUAGGGUCCCCCCGUGGGGGGCCAAAAAUAACAAGUGAGGGGGCCUAUUGUCUCCCUCCUGCCCCUACCAAUGAGCGGCAGGUGGGGCCCAAAAGUAACAAAGGGGGGAGGGACCUAUUUCGGUGCCCUCGCUGGGUGAAGAUGGAUAUUUUUUUUUGCGUCAGGUUUUUCUUUUUUCAGCGUGUUUUUUAUUUUGCCCUCAGGUUUUGUUUUUUGUUUUUAUAAGUUUGACAGAAAUAUAGAUUUUUAUUUGGCCUUUUAGGGGCUGAAAAAUGAAGUUUAAGAAAAAAGACUUCUAAUGGUAAGUAUGAUUUUUUUAUUUACAGAUACCGUAUUUUUCGCUCCAUAAGACGCACCUCACUAUAAGACGCACCUAGUUUUUAGAGGAGGAAACCCAGAAAAAAAAAUAUUCUGAACAAACUGUUCCAUAGUGUUUCUUACCAUGGGACAGUUUGUUCAGAAUAUUUUUUUUUCUCCCCUGCCCCAUAAUGAUCUUUAACCCCCCUUUCCUCUGUCCCAUAGUGAUUGUUAACCCCUCCUACCCUGUCCCAUAGUGAUUGUUAACCCCUCCUACCCUGUCCCAUAGUGAUUGUUAACCCCUCCUACCCUGUCCCAUAGUGUUCUUUAACCCCUCCUCCCCUUGUCCAUUAGUGUUCUGAUCCCAUAGUGUCCCCCCCUCCCAUUGUCCCAUAGUGCACUUUCCCUCCCAUAGUGUCUCCCCCUCCCCUUGUCCCAUAGUGUCUCCCCCUCCCCUUGUCCCAUAGUGUCUCCCCCUCCCCUUGUCCCAUAGUGUCCCCCCUCCCCUUGUCCCAUAGUGUCCCCCCCUCCCCUUGUCCCAUAGUGUCUCCCCUCCCUUUCUCCCAUAGUGUCCCCCUCCCCUUGUCCCAUAGUGUCUCCUCCCCUCCCCUUGUCCCAUAGUGUCUCCUCCCCUCCCCUUCUCCCAUAGUGUCCCCCCUCCCCUUCUCCCAUAGUGUCUCCCCUCCCUUUCUCCCAUAGUGUCCCCCUCCCCUUGUCCCAUAGUGUCUCCCCCCCUCCCCUUGUCCCAUAGUGUCUCCUUCCCUCCCCUUGUCCCAUAGUCUCCUCCCCUCCCUUUCUCCCAUAGUGUCCCAUUCCCCUUGUCCCAUAGUGUCUCCCCCUCCCCUUGUCCCAUAAUUACUUACCUGUCUUGGAGCGUGGGCCGGCUUCACAGCGCGCUCCGCGGUCCAGGAACUAAUAUUUCAGGUUCCGGUUUCCGGCGGGACUGAAAGGAAGUGUGCACACUUCCUUUCAGUCCCACCGGAACCUGAAAUAGAAGUUCCUGGACCGCGGAGCGCGCUGUGAAGCCGGCCCAAGCUCCAAGACAGGUAAGUAAUUCUUCACAUUCGCUCCAUAAGACGCACAGACAUUUCCCCUCACUUUUGAGGGGGAAAAAAGUGCGUCUUAUGGAGCGAAAAAUACGGUAUUUCGUUUUUUGUUCCCUACCUACCCCUACCUUACCUUUUUUAGGGUGGGGGUGUAGGUAGGGUUUAAUUUUAUUGGGGUUGGGUGACUAGGAGCUUUGGGACACCUAGUCACCUGUUUGGGCAGGGUUUAUAUUUAGCCCCCACCUGUCGCCAGUGGGUGGGCUGGAGGGGGGAGACAGAAGGUCCGCCCACCUCCUUUUGUUACUUAGGGCUCCAACCCGCCGCUCAUUGGUGGGGGCUGUAUGUGGACAUUGAGUUUAAUAGCCCCCACUCGCGUGUCACAGGUGGGGGUGCGGGCAGGGGGGACACUAUGUCCUCACCACGUUAAUUAUUUGAAUAGGGCAGAUGGGGGGCUUUUUUUUCUUCUUUACAACAGUGAGCAGCCAUGAUUCUACUUGUGGUAUGGCAAGUAGGGGCAAAAGAGAGAUUUAAAAAUAAUUUAUUCACUAAUACACAGAAAUCUUUACUUAGUAUUAGUAGAGUUGACUGAAAGACCAAAAUUGGUCUUUCACCCUUUUGGUUGAUAGCUUCCUAAUAUCGUGGGAAUUAGGGAGCUAUUUACUAAGCGGCAGCGAGAUGCAGCCGCCGCACAAAUAGGAUCGGCAUUUCAUUCAUUCUAAUGAAAUGUCAAUCCCAACAGGUAGUACCGAAUGGCAUAAUAACACGAAUGAACAAACUAUACUCAUUCUGUUAUGACGAAAUUCGGUAGUUUCACUGGCAUCUAAAUGACAGGACGUUUGGGAAUAGUGAAAGGAGACAUUGCAAGAUCACGGACGAAAGGGUGAGUAUUGUAGGAAAAUUUCUUUGACCACAGGAAGUGGGUCAAAGCUGGUCAAGCAUAGGAAAAUUACAUAAGACAAAGUAGAGAUUGGGGAAAGGUAAGAACUUUCGUCAUGACAGUGCCGCGUCUGUGUUAUUUCUUCAGAAACUUUCAUCAUUUUCUAUUUCAAAUAGCUAUUUUGAACAUUUUUGUAAAACCAACUCUAUGCCUAUAUAGUUCCAAUUCAGGCUUUACACACCAUUGGUAGCACUAUAUUUUAUUUUAUCUUUUCUAGUGUAUUUAGGAUGAGGUUCCCAGAGCUGCUAACUUCCUCCUGGUCUUAUACAUGAUCUUUAAAUUGGCAAUUCAUUUUCUUUUUCCUUAUAACUAAUCUAUCUUUCUCUACAGCUAUGAUUUCUGCUAGUUUUCAACUUGAUUCAUCACAUUAUGUAUGAGUCAGUAAAAUUAUGUUUAAAGUGUGAUGGCUGUUUGGGGUUUUCCUUACCAGAUGCAUUAUGCAUUUCUUGAUAAUACAUUUUAGAUGUUACAUAAUCAACCACUCCUGUAGUUUCCCAAUAUGUUGAAGACAGUAUCAACAGCAAGUAGCUAUACAUUAAUAUUUAGAUUACAAUGGUAAAAUUGCAAACAAAUGUAUAGCUUAUUAGGUUGGGAUGGCUAUACACACCCCUUCCGACAAUCAGAGUAUCCUAUGAUAGGUAGUGUGCAGUUGCUUGCUGAUUGUAUGAUGGAGAGACUGUUUAGUCAGUGUAAGAGUAUUCAUGGGAAGAAAUACUUAAUAAAGGAUGGCUCGUUUACUAUAUAUAAAUGUGUCACUGAGCACUCAGAGCAACAGUAAUCACAAACAUUAUAUAAUGAAAAAUGAAAAGUCUGGCAGUUUGGGCCUGUUUAGGCAGUUUGUCGGUCUGAAAUUAAAACUCCAAAAGCCCAGAAAUUAAUCUGGUCCUGGGAGGCAGAGGAGAGGAAGCUGGACCACUUAAGUAAUAAAUCUGUUUAACACAAGGGAAAAGGACGCUGAUGGACUCCAGGCACAAUAGCCACUUUACUGACGUGAAGUAGUUUUGGAAUGUGGUGUGUGAACAAGUGUCCUUAAAAGCUGCUUGAAGCAGAUAAAGCAAUGGCAUUAUUAAAUGAUGUAGCCAGUAAUGUAUUUAUGUCCUAUGUUAAAAUAAGUUAAAGGAACACUACAGGGAGUGCAGAAUUAUUAGGCAAAUGAGUAUUUUGACCACAUCAUCCUCUUUAUGCAUGUUGUCUUACUCCAAGCUGUAUAGGCUCGAAAGCCUACUACCAAUUAAGCAUAUUAGGUGAUGUGCAUCUCUGUAAUGAGAAGGGGUGUGGUCUAAUGACAUCAACACCCUAUAUCAGGUGUGCAUAAUUAUUAGGCAACUUCCUUUCCUUUGGCAAAAUGGGUCAAAAGAAGGACUUGACAGGCUCAGAAAAGUCAAAAAUAGUGAGAUAUCUUGCAGAGGGAUGCAGCACUCUUAAAAUUGCAAAGCUUCUGAAGCGUGAUCAUCGAACAAUCAAGCGUUUCAUUCAAAAUAGUCAACAGGGUCGCAAGAAGCGUGUGGAAAAACCAAGGCGCAAAAUAACUGCCCAUGAACUGAGAAAAGUCAAGCGUGCAGCUGCCACGAUGCCACUUGCCACCAGUUUGGCCAUAUUUCAGAGCUGCAACAUCACUGGAGUGCCCAAAAGCACAAGGUGUGCAAUACUCAGAGACAUGGCCAAGGUAAGAAAGGCUGAAAGACGACCACCACUGAACAAGACACACAAGCUGAAACGUCAAGACUGGGCCAAGAAAUAUCUCAAGACUGAUUUUUCUAAGGUUUUAUGGACUGAUGAAAUGAGAGUGAGUCUUGAUGGGCCAGAUGGAUGGGCCCGUGGCUGGAUUGGUAAAGGGCAGAGAGCUCCAGUCCGACUCAGACGCCAGCAAGGUGGAGGUGGAGUACUGGUUUGGGCUGGUAUCAUCAAAGAUGAGCUUGUGGGGCCUUUUCGGGUUGAGGAUGGAGUCAAGCUCAACUCCCAGUCCUACUGCCAGUUCCUGGAAGACACCUUCUUCAAGCAGUGAUACAGGAAGAAGUCUGCAUCCUUCAAGAAAAACAUGAUUUUCAUGCAGGACAAUGCUCCAUCACACGCGUCCAAGUACUCCACAGCGUGGCUGGCAAGAAAGGGUAUAAAAGAAGAAAAUCUAAUGACAUGGCCUCCUUGUUCACCUGAUCUGAACCCCAUUGAGAACCUGUGGUCCAUAAUCAAAUGUGAGAUUUACAAGGAGGGAAAACAGUACACCUCUCUGAACAGUGUCUGGGAGGCUGUGGUUGCUGCUGCACGCAAUGUUGAUGGUGAACAGAUCAAAACACUGACAGAAUCCAUGGAUGGCAGGCUUUUGAGUGUCCUUGCAAAGAAAGGUGGCUAUAUUGGUCACUGAUUUGUUUUUGUUUUGUUUUUGAAUGUCAGAAAUGUAUAUUUGUGAAUGUUGAGAUGUUAUAUUGGUUUCACUGGUAAUAAUAAAUAAUUGAAAUGGGUAUAUAUUUGUUUUUUGUUAAGUUGCCUAAUAAUUAUGCACAGUAAUAGUCACCUGCACACACAGAUAUCCCCCUAACAUAGCUAUAACUAAAAACAAACUAAAAACUACUUCCAAAAAUAUUCAGCUUUGAUAUUAAUGAGUUUUUUGGGUUCAUUGAGAACAUGGUUGUUGUUCAAUAAUAAAAUUAAUCCUCAAAAAUACAACUUGCCUAAUAAUUCUGCACUCCCUGUAUAGGGUCAGGAACACAAACGUAUUCCUGACCCUAUAGUGUUAAAACCACUAUCUAGCCCCCUUGGCCCCAUUUGCCUCUCUAAAGAUAGUAAAAUAUUACUUGUAUUCAAGUCUGAAGUUGCUGCCUCUACCUGUGAACUUCCUCUGACCUCAUCAGAAGUGGUGGCCUGAUCCAAUCAUAAUGCUUCCCGAUAGGAUUGACUGAGACUGACAAGGAGGCAGAUCAGGGCAGAGCCAGCACAAUUCAGACACAGCCCUGGCCAAUCAGCAUCUCCUCAUAGAGAUGAAUUGAAUCAAUGAAUCUCUAUUAGGAAAGUCCAGUGUCUGCAUGCAGAGGGUGUAGACACUGAAUGUUUGGAUGCAUUUUAGGCAGCCAUGACCCAGGAAGGAUCUCUAACAGCUAUCUAAGGAGUGGCCAGUUAAGUUAUCACUAGGCUUUAAUGUAAACACUGCUUUUUCUCUGAAAAGACAGUGUUUACAGCAAAAAGCCUGAAGGUAACGAUUCUACUCACCAGAACAAAUUCAUUAAGCUGUAGUUGUUCUGAUGACUACAGUGUCCCUUUAAGGACUGGAGUACAUUGAUGUAUGAAUACCGGAGUACAUUGAUGUAGUGUGGACAUAACAUAACAUGGCUAUAUGGAUUGAGAUGGUUAAGAAACCUUGAAUGACAUUUCAGACAUUUAAAUAGCUUGUACUUCAGUAGAUUCCUGCUCAGGUUUCACGCUCAUUUUAACUACAUUGUGCCUUCACAGAGUUACCCUAUGCAUAUAAGACUAAAUUCACUCAAACUGGCAGUUCAGAUAUAAAGUCAUGAUGAGAGAUGCAGCAACCCUUGACAAUGUUUUGAGUAAAUGCCACCCCAAGAAGCCAGUGUUUAUUGUUGGACUGCUGGGUAAGCUGGACAGCAUACUAGCGGAUGUGAUUAUUAGCCCUGAUGCUAUUGCCGCCAUGUGCGGUUUGGUAGGGGUGUAAGGAGAUUAAAGCCAGACCCAUGAUGAUUGCAAGCUUAUAUCAAUCUAGGUGGCACACGUGUAGCCUAGAUGUGUUGACUGAGUGAACGGAGAUUUCAAAUAAAAACAAUUCGGAAAACAAACAUAUUUACAUUAAAAAUAAAAGAUAAAGAUACACGAGGGAGUGAUGCCCGUGGAGUAGGAACCGUGGGCACCAGUAACCUAUGGUUACAAUAGAGAGACCAUAAUGUCCCACGUAUAAACUGCACAUUGAACACCUGAAUUAGCUUGCUAUGCAUGAUGUCUGCGUGCUGGUAUGCUACUCAUCCUAAUGCAGCCUCAUUUAAUCGGUAUAGAUUAAUAUGUAGAUUAGUGAGAUGAUAGCCUCUAAACAGGGUAGACUGCUAAGCAGUGUGUAUCACAUAAACAUAUGAGUAAUAGGUGUAAAAGAUAAUUAAAAAGUUUAAGUCAGCUUAACUGGGUCAGUCGACACUCCAUCCCUGCAGCCAGGUUCUCCAUGGGUGGUGCGAUAGGCUCAGUCACUGUGUCAGCCAAUUCCUCUGCUGGGCAGGAUGGGAGUGGGUACUUGGAGGUUUUGGAGAGUGAUGUUGAGUCGUAGGUGGCGGAAGGCCUCUCCCCAGCACCAGGCCUUGUAAAACGUCGACAUCCAUUGUCCACAGACUCGGGAUCUCAGUGAGACCGGCUCUCUCCCUGUAUGGGCGCUGAAGGUCGUCCGACCUAGAUGGGCAUGUGGCUCGAGUAUUGGGGGCUUGGCGUGUUUUUUUUCCCAGAUCAGGCCUGUAACCCCGGCCUUUUCCGAUUCCCUGCCAGGGGUAGGAGGUUGUUGGGUAGUACGCUGCUCCAAAAGCUCUAGUCGCUUGUGUAGGGGCUGUGUAGGUGCAGGCAUUCAGGUUUGGUUGGCAGCUGCCAUUUUGCUGGGCCCAGUGCAGUCUGGGUGUGAACUAUAUUGGGCCGCAGGGGCAGGUAGCAAUGUGUGUGCCAGGUUGGUGAGGACCGGGAUAACCACCGCCAUUCCUAAGGGGGGGGGGGAGGCUCUUAUUAGGAUCUGCCGAGAGCUGUGGUGGAGGGAGAUCUGUCGUGUCACCCAUGCAUCUAGGCUGCAAGAGUUGUCCGAGCAGAGCUGCUAGGGGAAUCCACAUGUCUGAAAUCUUCAUGGAGGUCAUAAAGUCCCCUGUCAUUUGUUAGCCAGCUUUUGUCAGGUUCCAGCUUCUGUUCGGUAACAAUUUGCAAGAUUUGCAGUAUAACGCAGGAGCUGUUGCUCUGCGAUCAGGUCAUGCCCUCAUAAGUAUAUUUUUUUAAAACACAGGUAAUGAUCUUUUUUUUCUAUAAAAUACAUCACUCCCACAAUCUGUAAACACUAAUUGUGUCUGUCCAUAUUUCUUUGUGUGUUUGUAUGUUUUUAUAAAGUGAUCUUUUAAACAAACUAUUUUAAAGAAGUAAAUUCUCAGAAACAGCUGGUAGGAAAUGAUUAAAGGUCAGUUCAGGUACCAGUGAUCUAAAGAGAUAUUGCAUGUGUGCUAAGCAUCAAGGGUGUAGGAGUGCAUUCCCCCUGCAGUGAUAGACACGAAUUAAGUUCUCCAUUGUGGUUGCAUUCAGCUUGAUUCAACAAAAUAUGGUAUACUCCUCUGUAAAUAGCAUUUUAUAGUUAAAUAGUUAUGUUAGUUAUAGUUAUGUUAUCAUUUACAGUUGAAGAGUUUAUGCGUUCUUUCAUUAAUUUUUUUUAAAUGAUCUUUUGCAUCGUAGCUCCUUACUUUUUAGAACCAGUGAAAUACUAUGCAAUCGUCACACUCUGGUUUGUGCAGAUGCUUUGCCUUGCUUUUAUUAAUGAAUGGUGCAUAAGGUUGAGCAUCUGCCUUUUGGUAGAUUCAUUCAUGAAUCCUGACAUCAUGCACAAGUACCACGCAUGUAAAAUAUGAAUUCAGACCUUCAAAUGCAUGGUGUAUAGUUCUGGACCAACACUCACAGAUCUAGGUACGACCUGACCUCCUACAAUAUUGAAGAGCAAGGAGAUCCAUCACAGCCAGUUUUCUGGUUUAAGCAGUGCUGCUGGUGCUUUAUGGAUCGCAGUGAAGUAUCACAUUCAGAAAUUCUAUUCUGCAGUGCUGGUUUGACGUCUUCUAAAAUUCUUAAGUACAGAUUAUUGAAAAAUGGCAGCCUCCAAAUCACAGCAGAUCCAUUUGAUUAUAAUUUGCAUAACUUGUUGGCAGGAUAUAUUUUUUUGCCACUAUAUAUUACCUUUUAUAAACACAGUAAAAAAAAAUAUGAGGAUAACUGUACAUAAUGGCUUCAGAGAAAAAAAAUGAGAGACAAAAUUAAAAGAAGGAAGGAAGAGAAAAGUGAGUAAAAGGUUCCUUAAUCUGUCUAAUUAUAAAUCUAAAAAUGACACUGUUCCAGUUUGCACAAUCGUAUAUGGUAUAAAUAGUAUAUAGUAUGGUGUCUAAAAUAUAUGUUGUUUGGGAGGAAAUAAAGGGGUAGGUUCUACAAGUUUAGGCAAGAGCAUCACUGUGAGGAAGAACAUUUUCACUCGCAUUUCAAUUAUUUAUGGAAUAAUUUAUUUUAUUUCCUUUGGUUUUUCUUAUUUAUUUAAAUACAUUUCUUAUUCUUUCGGAGCACCCACCCAGUAACAACACAUUCGCCUGGUAUUCUUAACCUGCUUAAAUGCAUUAAUGAAUAGUUAAUAAUUGCUCUAAAUAAAUAGUUAAUAACUGCUAACAUCGAACCAACAACAUACUAUACUAAUACUAUUUCUUGACGCAAUAGUGGGCUCACUUUAAUUGUAAAUUAUGCCAUAAUUCCGGCACUGGAUUUUAUGUUGUAAUCCCUAAUUUAGGGUGACAAGAAGAGACGGAAAUAAAAAAGCCAUUUAUUUCAGAAAUUAUUUGCAACCUUGCAGUAAAAAUAUCUCAAAAUUAUACCUGGUUCAACAAUACAUCUGGUUCCCCUAUCUUUAAUGUGACAAGUGACAAUUGUCAUCAUAUCAUAGUUCCUCUCAUAUUCUGUAGAUACCAAUAUGUCUUUGAUUAUACUGAAUUAUUCAAAUGUAUGUUUGAAUUAUGUGCUUUUUUUUGAAAGUUCCAUUUUCCCAUUCUCUCCUCUACCUGUCAGGUUUUCGAGAAGAAGAACCAAAAAUCUGCUCAGACCAUUGCUCAGUUAUACAAGAAGUUGGAGCAUUAUCACAAGAAGUUAAAGGAAAUUGAGCAGAAUGGAAUCUCCCGGCAGCCCAAGGAUGUCUUGAGGGACAUGCAGCAGGGACUGAAAGAUGUGGGAGCUAAUGUACGAGCAGGCAUAAGUGGAUUCGGCGGAGGGGUUGUAGAGGGAGUUAAAGGAGGAUUAUCUGGUUUAUCUCAGGUGACACAUACUGCAGUGGUCUCAAAGCCCCGGGAGUUUGCUAGUCUCAUUCGUAACAAAUUUGGAAGUGCAGACAAUAUCCCUCACUUAAAGGAUGGACUAGAAGAAGAUGGUGAGGGACACGGCGCUGCUAGAGCACUAAGUGGAAGUGCCACUCUUGCACCAAGCCCUAAGUAUGGAAGUGAUGAUGAGUGUUCCAGUGCUACCUCUGGGUCAGCUGGGGCAGGGAGUAACUCUGGGGCAGGACCAGUCGGGCUUGGCAGCCCUAGGUCUAACACUCUGGAUGGGCAUCACCACGGACAUCAUGGGGGAUUUGAUGCUAUUCUAGAGGAGCUGUGUGAGAUUAAAGAUGGCCAGAGCCACCUGGAAGAUACAAUGGAAGAUUUGAAAUCUCAGCUACAGCGAGAUUAUAGCUACAUGACACAGUGUCUCCAGGAAGAGCGCUACAGGUUAGUACCUAACAAAUCACAGAUAUUGCCACAUAUGCUAAUCUGUAUUCUUGUGAUCAGAAAUAUGUGUUUUUUUUUGUGUAACAAAAUCUUCAGCAAAAACUGUUUUUUCAGCAUCAUCAACGUAUAUAACUGAAACAGGUGUGUAUAUCAUAAUUAGAGAAGAACAGGCUUACACUCGUCAUUAUUGUGCAGGUAUAGAAACAAUAGCUAUAAUCAGAUAACCUUUACAGUGCAGCACUGGUAAGAUAGCAGCACAAUUUAACAGUGUGGUGAUGUAUACAGAAGGUACACUUCCCUUAAGUGACAUCAGAGUAGUGCAAAUGAUUAGCCUUCUUGCAAGAAUAGAGAAGGAAGCAGGAAGGUGUGGUAGGAUGGCCAUGAUAUGCACAGUAAAGCCAUAUGGCCCUGGAAGCAGUCUGUUAGCCCAAUGGGAGAACGGCUUGAGUUUGUGACGUCAGCCAUGGGUAGAAAUCUCACCACAGUUAUAGCAUUGGCCGUAAUUAAAUAACAUUUCAUAUCCCCAUACUUAUAAUUACAUCUAGUUUUUUUCUAGAUGCUUUGAUAUGCUAUUACAAACACAAAAGCAAAAAGGUCACCGCUAACAAGCCACAGAAACCAAACAGAGGCAGCGCACCUAGAGUAAUGGGUUUCCCUCACAAACCCCAAAUAAAUAUUGGAGGUAAAAGAAAAAAGGGGAGGAAGGUAGCACUGGGGAACUGUGUGUCAAUGUGCAUCUGUGUGUGUAUCUGUCACACAGAUACACACACUGGCACACUGAUACACAGAUACACACACCGUGACACACACUGUGUGUUUGUGUGUAUAUAUCUGUGUUCCAAGGUGUGUGUAUCUGUGUGUCAAAGUGUGUGUAUCUGCGUUUGUAUGUGCCAGUGUGUGUCUGUGUAUGAAGGUGUGUGUGUAUCUGUGUUUGUAUGUGCCAGUGUGUGUAUCUGUGUGUAUGAAUCUGACACAUUGUGGCACACAUACACACACCUUGACACACAGUGUGUGUCUGUUUUUUGUGUCAAAGUGUGUGUAUCUAUGUGUCAAAGUGUGUGCAUCUGUGUUUGUAUGUGCCAGUGUGUAUCUGUGUGUGUGUAUAUAUGUGUAUCUGACACACAGAUACACACUGGCACAUAGUGGCACACAGAUACACACACUGACACACAGAUGCACACACUCAGAUCAGAUGCACACAGUGACACAUACACCCAUAUUGACUCACAAAUACACACACACUCAGAUACACACAGUGUCAUAUACACACACUGACACACACGCAGAUACACACAGACAUACACAUGCACAAACAUAGGCACAUACAAACACACUGAUAUACACUGGCACCUACACACACACCAAUACACACAUACUGACAUACACACACUCAGAUACACACAGUAACACAUACACAAACCCCGUGAGGGAGCUGAGCAGGGGAGAGUGCUCCCUCGCCGCCCGCGGCCAUUUUGUUUGACAUACACGCACUCAGAUGCACACAUUGACACAUACACACACACUGACACACACUCAGAUACACACACACUGACACACACACACAUAGGCACAUACAAACACACUAAUAUACACUGGCACAUACACACACACCAAUACACACAUAUUGACAUACAAACAGUGACACAUACACAAACCUCGCGAGGGAGCUGAGCAGAGGAGAGUGCUCCCUCGCCGCCCGCGGCCAUUUUGUUUCCCAAAAUUUUGGCGGAGCCCCAUUUGUGUUCUUGCGGAACCCCAGGGUUCCGAUAACACCAAUUGGAAAACGCUGCUCUAAGGUGAUGGAGUUCCUAGGUAACCUACCUUCUGACAAUUGAUGAGCAGCAUGCAUAGGUUAACAUAUCCUAAAGUAUACACACUGGGAAUUUCAAUUUCGGCAUAACCGAAAGGUUAAGGUGACGUAAUGCUCAAUCUAUUUUUUCUUUGUGGUUUAUCCCUUCAUAAAUAAAUAAUAUAAGGAGAGCAGCCCAAGUGCCUGACAUACAGUGAGAGAACAGUCUGAUUAGAUGAGCACACUCAUGCCAAGCACUGGUAAGACAUGACUACUAAGAAAAGUAAGAUAUAUCUGAAAAUGUACAAUAAUUGUGUGUGAAACAGAGCUUUUAAAAUAUAAGGAGAAAGUACUUUCAUAGUCUGACUCUAUACAGUUAUACCAUCUUUUUACAUACAAUCUAUUGUUAUAUCGCUCAGUUAUAGUAUGAGUAAAUUUACAAAUAUUACCAUCUCUGUAGAUUGUUCUAAUUUAGCCAGACUUUACUCUUUAAUCUCAAGCAUUAUCUAAUGAAUUUAAUAUAUGUUGAUACUUUGUAGGUUAUAAAAAUGUAUUUAUACUUUAUAAACAGCUAGCCUAAUAGAUAGUAAAUAGUUAGAUUUAGUUUUAUUUGUUUGUUUAGUGUUCCAUGCUAUCCGGGUAGAGAUAAACACUACAUUUAUCUGCUGCACCAGCCAAAUUAAUGGUUUCCCCCCACAAUACGAAAUAUGGCAUCCUACAAUGUUUGUCAUGGGAGUGGUAGGAUCAUUAUUGCAUCCACAUUAAUGAAGAUCAGGAAAGUAUCAUUUUCAUCCAUGUAGUUUCUGGAAAUUUUGCAAGCAUAUUGGUCUUGGAUGAGGGAUAAAUGGGACAUGGGGCAUGGCAUUUAACACUGCAUAUCUGCCCAGUACAGAUAUGUGCCAGUAUUAUUGAAGUUACUCCUAAAUAAUUUUUGAUAUGUACAAGUCUAUUUGUGCUGACAGCAAGCGCCAUUCUUGUUAGGAAUACAAAACUGUAUUUCUAACGCUAUAGUGCCCGUCUCUGACUCUACACAGGUUUCCCCAUGUGCUUAAAAAAUAUGUAUAGAAUUAAAGUUUUAGUUAUCAUUUUGCAGCUCUGAGGAAGCUUCUCCGCCUCCCACUAAGUCAUGGAGGAAACACGGCCUUCAGUGAUCCUCAUGGAGCAUUGGGGACCUGAUGCACAUAUGAGACUUGAUGCACCACAUGCAUUCAAGCUUCCCCAGAGGAAAGCACUGGAUUCAGUGCGUUCCUUUGGACGUCCGAGUCACAUCAAAGUGCUUUACCUGGUCUGUGCAGCGGAAACAAACGUCUAAAAUGCUGCAGUGUUUUACAUUGCAGGGUUUAAGGAGCAGGGCAACUGCACCCAGGCCACUUCAAUGAGUCUGGCUGACUAUAGUGUUCCUUAAAAAAAAAGUUAUUCUUAAGUUUUUUUAUGCACCCAAUCUCUUUUGCCAGGGAGGGGGCAUGAGUCAUUGAAGUGGUCAGGUAUGUGGAUUUUGUGGCCUCUACUUUCUGUGAGUGCAGACCACUUGUCCCUCUGUCUCUGUUCUGGUGCUUUUUUUGGCGAGACAUAGCGUUGCCUUGGUAACCCACGGCAAUGCUCUGAAUCAAAGAGAAGCUUCAGAGCACAAGCAAGAGUCACCUGUGGUGUCUGCACCACUCUGGGUUCUGAGACACUCAGGGCCACCUGAAGGAUCCUCUGAUCUCACCAUUGACCCAUUUGGAUCUGGCAUAUGCGUGUGCCAUGCAUGCAUGCAAUUGGAUGUCUGCCCUCAUUGUAGAGUAUUGGUUAUUUGUUUUAAAAAAAAGUAUUUUCCAUCUUUACCACCACCUGCAGCGAUCUCUGCAACAUACCAUAUUUCUACGUUAAUAGUGAUAAAUGUGGCAAACUGCUCGCACACAUUCUCAAUAAACAGAGAAUUCAGUCAUAUAUAGCCUGCCUAUGGGACUCCCAACCCCAACCACAGCAAAUGCCUGGCAGAAUAGCCAACUACAACACCGGACUCGCCACAGAAUGACCUGGGGUCGAAAUCUAAAUGUGCAUAUCUCAGGGACAAUGUCAAAACUAAUGGCAAAGGCGAUUGAAGCUCCCUUGACGGCGGAGGAACUAGCGGCAGCGGUCAAAGCCACGAAACCAGACAAGAGCCUGGGCCUGGGCGGGCUCACGGUACAGUUCAAUACGCAAUUUUCAAGCAUAUUGUUCCCACAUUUCCUGGAGGCGCUCAACUCGUUCACCCUGGGUCAGACACUGACAGCUAACAUCACACUGAUACCCAAGGACAAAUACCGUCCAAUCUACCUUUUGAAUUGCGACCUGAAGGUCUUUGCUAAAAUCUUGGCUACCAGACUGUUACCUUACCUGCCUAUGCUGGUAAAACUGGACCAAGUGGGCUUUGUUCAUCACUGCGAAGCUAGAGAUAAUACCACAAGAGUGCUGGCGCUGAUUCAUCAGGCCCAGAGGAUGGAGGAGGACCUUCUGCUACAGAUGCAGAGAAGACCUUCGACAGAGUGAGCUGGAACGUCCUCUUCCGCACUGGAAAUGGGACCCAAGAUGUACACCUGGAUCACAGCGAUGUACGACACCCCACGGAAAGGAUCUGUAUCAAUUGGGCUUUCAUCAACCUGUUAGAGAUCAAUAAUGGCACCAGACAGGGCUUCCCGCUGUCACCGCUGCUCUUUGUCCUUGCCCUCGAGCCGAUCCUCCUGUCUGUGAGACGCAACCCCGAUAUCAAGGGACUCAAAUGGGACCCACGUCGCAUAAGUUUGGUGCUUACGCAGAUGACCCUCCCCAAUAUAAUGCAGGAGUUUGACCGCUAUGGCAAGAUCUCCCAUUUCAAGAUUAACUACUCCAAAUCUAACGUACUGAAUAUUACGGUGCCGACCAGACAGGCCUCAGCGUUGCACCCCUGCUUUCAAUUCCACUGGGCAGAUGAUGCAAUCAAAUAUCUGGGAAUUGGGCUUACAACCAAUCUUUCUCAGUUGUAUCACGCAAACGUUACGCCCAUGUUUAAGACCUUUACGAAGAACCUGGAAGAGUGGACACUGCCACACAUAUCCUGGCUGGGGCGUAUGGCAGUGACAAAAAUGAAUUUGCUACCGUGCAUUCUGUACGUGUUUCAAACACUGCCCAUCCAUAUUCCAACAGCCUUCUUCAAGUCUCUCAGGUCACUGACAAUCAGAUACAUAUGGGGCUCACACAAGCUGAGGUUGGCGUACCAAAUACUAACGAGACCAAAGACUGACGGUGGGCUGGCAGUACCAGACUUUCAUUUAUAUUAUCGGGCAUCCCACCUACAGAGAAUGUUGGAGUGGGUCAACGAUGGAGUGUCCAAAAUGUGGAAAGAGAUUGAGCAAUCCCAGACGGGAGGCUCUUUGAAGGCGCUAACGUGGAUGCACCCGGCAGCGAGCAGGCAGCUUUCCCAUCAUCAACCUUUUGUUAAGACCACCCUAGACAUAUGGCAUAGGUCUGCAACAAGAAUGGAACUUUCAUCCUUCCCCUCUCUCCUUUACCCUCUGACGCAUAACCCAGAGUUUAUCCCUGUAACGGAGGAGAAAGUGUUCACUUGCUUACUCCCGCAACCACAAGUACAAGCCCAGCAUCUGCUGGUGGGGGGGAAACCUAAGCCUUUUGACGAGCUUGUAGAGGGCACACACCACACUUUCACUCCGAGAUUGAAGUAUGAAGAAUUGAAACAGUUCAUAAAUUGCAUCCCACAAAAACCCAACUUAGUUAGGGCACUGACCCCAUUUGAAACUCAAGAUGAUGAACCGGACGCGUUACUGCAUGCAGUAUUUUAUCUAUAUUCAUUAUUACUGCAACAUAGAAACCAUCCGUCCCCCAGUAAAUGGGCAAAUGGGAAACAUGGUUAGGGGAAACCUUCACAGAUCAGCAAUGGGGAAAGAUUUGUGACCUAUUACAUCACUGUGCUCUCGCCAGUAAGACUCAGACAGCCUAUAAGGUUUUGUCUUUAUGGUAUUGGACUCCACAGGCUCUAAGGUAUUUCAAUCCAACUCUGGGAGACUAUUGUUGGCACUGUGGGGCCAGCACUGGAAGGUUCUUGCACAUUUGGUAGGAAAGCCCUAGGUUAACACCUUUGUGGCAGGCAAUAGGCGAAGUCUUAAACAAAUUAUCAGGCAAGCCGCCCCCUUUCCGACCAGCCCCCUACUUCUUACACCACACUACAAUACUAACAACGGCAUAAAAAAAAUCCCUGAUGGUUCGAAUCUUGAAUACAGCAAAACAAGUACUGCCUCUGUACUGGAAACAAGACGUACCCCCUCCCCUGACAGUGUGGUUUGAACAGAUGGAGGACCUCCGCCGACUGGAGGAACUGACGUUUGCAGAACAAGACCGCUCUCAGACUUAUAUGGACAUAUGACGGUCGUUUACCAAGCUGACUUCCAGGGACUGCUGACGUAUGGACAUCAGACGGACCUCCAGGGCAGAGAUAGGGGGUACACCGGAGGGGAACGCGGAGGGGGGUCCCAAGUUGCCGUUUCAUGCAGUAUGGAGGCCACAGCUCUAUCCCGACAGGCUGCUUGUUGCCUCUCAGUGUAUGGACCACACAGGGAGGCGCCCAGGCACCCAAUACUGGAGCGGGUUCAAGUCAUGCUGGGGGGGAGGGCACAGGGGAGUACUAUUACCAGUUACUGGCUUAACGAUUAUCACUGUGAGUAAGAGAGGCAUAUUGGUUUGAGAGGCCUAUACAACUUCACCUUAUCUCUGGUGGAUCAUGAGAGCAUGCUCCAACCCGCGGCUCAGAAGUCAAACCCUGCUGUAGGGGCGUACCUAGAGCAUUUGGCACCCGGGGCGGACCCUGAGUGUGGCACCCACCCCACCCCCAUAAUAAAAAUGUAAGAAAACACCCACAAUUUUUUCAAUGUUUUCAAUAAUAUUUAUUUCACAAAUUUGUAAAUUGUAUAUCAACUUGAAAAAAAUGGAACUAUGAAAAAUAAAUUAACUUAGAAAUAAAUAAAAUUUAAAUAAUUAACAUUUACUUAAUACACCCCCCAUAAUUAAUCCACUCCCCCAUAAUUAAUACACCCCCCAUAAUUAAACCUCCCUCCCAUAAUUAAACCUCCCUCCCAUAAUUAAUCCUCCCUCCCAUAAUUAAUACACCCCCCAUAAUUAAUACACCCCCCAUAAUUAAUCCACUCCCCCAUAAUUAACUUCCCCCAUAAUUAAACCUCCUCCCAUAACUAAUACACCCCAUAAUUAAUAAACCCCCAUAAUUAAACCUCCCUCCCAUAAUUAAUACACCCCCCAAUUAAUACACCCCACAAUAAUACACCCCCAUAAUUAAUACACCCCACCCCCCAUAAUUAUAAUUAAUCCACCCCCCAUAAUUAAUACACCCCCAUAAUUAAUACACCCCCCAUAAUUAAUACCCCCCCAUAAUUAAUCCACCCCUAUAAUUAAUACACCCCCCAUAAUUAAUUCACCCCCUAUAAUUAAUAUAACCACCCCCAUAAUUAAUAUCCCCCAUAAUUAAUACACCUACCCCCAUAAUUAAUACAUAAUACACCCCCUAAUUAAUACACCCCCAUAAUUAAUCCACCCCCCAUAAUUAAUACACCCCCCACAAUUAAUACACCUCCCCAUAAUUAAACCUCCCUCCCCUUUAAUUCUUUAAUUAUACACGCCCCAUAAUUAUACACCCCCCUUUUAAUUAAUUUAAUAACAUCACAUAAAUUACAUAAACACAUAAAUGAAUAACAUCACAUAAAUUACUACUCACGUUUUGAUGAUGCCUUCCCUCCAAGACCGACCACAGGAUCCUUGCGCUGAAGAUCCGUGAAGGCGGCGCUGCAUACGGCGUCAUCACUCCGCGUCCCGCAAGACUCCUCCCCCUUCUCAGCCUCCGCAAAGGUGCUGCCGCUGCGGCUGUGCGCAGCGUAAUGAUUGGGGCCAGGGGGGUGACACAUGACACUGGAAGUCAUGGCACCCCCCUAGUCAGUGGCACCCGGCACAGGGUUAACGGCUGCACCUUUUCUUUCUUGUAUAAAUUACUGUAUGUAUAUACGCAUGUGCCUGCUCCUACUUGAUACUACAGGAGACCUGUGAGUCUCCAUUUAUUGACACAUGCCUUUCGGUCCUGCGUGACCCAGAUUGCUUUCACUGAACGUUAUUGAACAGCUUCCUUAAAUAAAAAUACAUUUACAAAAAAAUAAAAAUAAAAAAGAGUAUUUUUUCAUCGAACUUAGAACGUAAGUUCGAUGGUCCUGUUAAUAUGUCAAUAUCAGAUUACGUGCUAAUGGCAUAAUGUGAACCCAGUCAAGUUCAGUUCCUUAAAGGACCACUCUAGGCACCCAGACCACUUCAGCUUAAUGAAGUGGUCUGGGUGCCAGGUCCUUCUAGGGUUAACCCAUUUUUUUAUAAACAUAGCAGUUUCAGAGAAACUGCUAUGUAUAUGAAUGGGUUAAGCCUUCCCCUAUCUAGUGGCUGUCUCAUUGACAGCCACUAGAGGCGCUUGCGUGCUUCUGUGAUUUUCACAGUGAGAGCAUGCCAGCGUCCAUAGGAAAGCAUUGUAAAUGCUUUCCUAUGCGACGGGCUGAAUGCGCGCGCAGCUCUUGCCGCCCGUGCGCAUUCAGCCCAGGAGGAGGAUCGGAGGCAGAGAGCUCCCCGCCCAGCGCUGGAAAAAGGUACUUUUUUACCCCUUUCCCCUUUCCAGAGCCGGGCGGGAGGGGGUCCCUGAGGGUGGGGGCACCCUCAGGGCACUAUAGUGCCAGGAAAACGCGUAUGUUUUCCUGGCACUAUAGUGGUCCUUUAAAUGGGCGAAGUUGAAACAGCAAAUACUAUCUCUUGGGAUCUUACUCAAGCAUUACGACAUAUCUGUUCAGCUCUGUAUUUAAAAUACAAUUGAAAAUCAGAGUAACAAAUGGAGCAGUAGAUGAAUAUUGUGUCUGCCAGCCCUAAGGAAUUUAUGCAAGGGACAAACACACACUGCAUACUAAGUAGCCUACACCUCUAUGCAAGAAACAUGUUAUGGAAAGUAUAUUACAAUGCCUAAUACAUUUACAUAAAUCCUAAUUCUAAAGUGAUAAUUUGCCAUUAUUCUUAUGUCUUCUAAUUGCUGGUACAUUGUAGGAAUUUAGAAAGAAUGAAAGAAAGUUAUUGCCGAUCACGUAGUAGUAACUUCUGAAUGCUGAAACUGCAUCUUCCCAAAUAUAUAAAAGUAAUGAUUGAACAUGUGUUCAUUUUGCACAAAAAAACAAGUUAUAAAAGGCACUUAAUUUCUUCAGACAGUCUACAUUUCACAUACAUGUGUAUUACUUGGAGGUAGUGGGGGGCACUAAUCAAACGUAUAUGCACGUGCAGAAUGUGAUUAAGUCUGGCAUCAAAAGAGCUCCUUACCACUAUCCCCUUACUUGUCUGCCACUCUGCUGUAAAAUAUGGUUGAUUAUCCGCUAAACGGCUACGUUUAUGUGAUCCAACUAUCCGAUUGGGAGUUUGAGAACGCUGUAUUGGUGAGUAUACAGCGAGCUAUCACAAUUUGCUUCAAUCACUCCAUCUAUCAGCUAUUGUGCCUUUUAUUCCCUAUCUCUAUUAUUUUUUUCUAUGUACACAUUUAGGCAUUUUACUAAAAAUUACAGAACCUUUCUUAGAUAGCAGAUCUGCACUUUAAAUGUAGAUAAAGCGCGAGGGGUGAAUUGAUUGGUAAAAAGUAUAAUUUUUUACAAUCGGUAUCUAAAUGUAUCGCUCUUAGAUCACAGAAAUAAAGAAACACUAUAGUGUCAGGAAUACAAACAUGUAUUCCUAACACUAUAGAAUUUAACUAUUUAGGUGACUGACCUCCCUUAGAUCACAUAGGAAAGAAUUUUUGUUUUUCUCUGAAAAGGCAGCGUUUACAGUGCUCAACCUACAGGGACAGGCUAUAGAUACCAGAACAGCUACCUUAAGCUGUAGUGGUUCUGUUGACUAUAGCGUCCCUUUAAGUUGCAAAUCCUUUACAAAACAUUCUAUGUACAGAUCUAUCACUAUACUGUGAAGUAAGUUAAUAAUAGAUCUAUUUAAAACAGAAUUUAAGUACACUACCUUUUAGGGAUGCAUUAUGUUUUUUUUUUGUUUUUUUUAAUUUGACAAUUUUUAUUCCAUUUUUCAAGUACGUGUUGGGGUACAGAAAGGAAGAAGAGUAGGGGAGUACAUUCCAAGCAUUGCAGGAUUAUUUUUUCCCACAUUUGCGUUUACAAUACAGUUCUCCUAUCAAACAUGUGUGUUCUCUUUAGGGUGGGGGAGGGGUACAUCAACGAGAGAGAGAGGGGGGUGGGGGGGUAGGUAUUAAUGCUGCAUAGUAUCAAAUUUUCCAUUCUCCACAUCCAACCCUUGCUGUGUGUUUCGUGGAUUCGAUGGUGGUGCCAUGGUGGAAGGUUGGAUGAUAUGGGCUGGUUACCUCUUCCAUGAGGUGUCUGAAGGGUAAACGUGUCAUACAUCCCAUGUAGUUAUACCUUUUUGGUUACCUCUAUGCCCUGCGAUGCGGUAAGGGGAGAGGGGUAUAGAUGGGUAGGGGGGUGGAGGGGGGGGUAACUUAUGUACACCAAGUUUCAUCUACUUGGUGUGGGUUAAUGAUUUGGGUGGUUGUCUCGCCCGCUAGGUGGGCAUUCAGUAUUACGGGUUACACCUGGUCUUUUACUUUUUUUCCCCUGUGCCACUAUUCACUCUUGGUAGCCGCUUGUGGAGUCUCUACAUACAAUAUGUUCCUAUUCAACACCAGCCAUCUGAGGUGUCAUCGUAUUCCAGUAUGUUUCCCAUAUUUGUCCUGCCUCUAUUGUUGCCCUUCGUAUCCCAAGCUGUUGAGUUGAGGGAUGCAUUAUUUUUAUCGAACAUACUUUAUGUAUAAUAUGAUGAUUUUUAAAGAGAUCUUAUUGGUUAUCUUGUGUUUAAUGUUUAAAAUCCUGGUUUUAUUACAAAUUUUAUAAUAAAGGUUAUGCACACUAUUUUAUUCCCUUUUUUGUUGUUGUUGUGAUUAUCAAGGAUUAGGGGUUACCUCCUUUUGCUGUGUCAGUUGAAUACUAUAAUUCAGCUCAUACCCUCAUCACGAAGAUAGCAAAUAAAAACAUUUUCUGUUAUUGACAUUGCUUAGAGUAAGAUUCAGGUAAUUUGUGGAGCACAAAUGGGAAGGUAUGGCAUUUAAAACAACUAGAAUAAAAGAGUUAGGCAGUUGUUGGAAAGAACACUCUAUUAUUUGGUUGUUCCACUACACAAAUAUUUGCAGUGAAAUUCAUGAUUGUUGUAAUAUGUUAAGUAAGGUACUUGUGCCAAAUCUCGUUAAGAGGUUUUACUAUGUCCAUAUGUACUUUGAAAAGUGUAUAAGUCCAGUUUCUUCUCCCAGCAUGCCAUGUGUAGUAGUCUAGAUUGAGGUUUUGGUAGGAUCAGGGCAGACGAUGCAAUAUAGCAAUACUCCAGCAGUCUGAUCAAGGGGCAAAGUGCACUUUACUGUCAUCACACCAUACAGCAGUAUGACGUUUAUGAUAGCAGACCUUUAUCAGACUUUGAGCAGAGAAAGCAGGUCUUCAGUGCGAUGUCUGGGUGACAUUCAAUGCAUAAUCAUUGGUUUAGUCUGCAGUUUUAAAAUAAAUGUAAAGAGUAUGUUGCUAUGAAUCACCAAGGAUGUCAAUUCCCUUUUUCCCAGAAAUAGAGAAUUAUGGACUGUGAUACAUGCUGUCAUGGCUUGCAGAGUAAGCUUUUAUGAUUGCUAUUUUAUAUAAAAUGGUUUAAAUACUUGUUGGAAAGUUCAUAGACAAUUAGCUGGAGGAACUUGGGAUAGCCAGACAUUGGGAAAGAAUGGCACUGUCCCUGGAAAUCUGGGACAAUUAGUAAGCAUGAUGUUAGGAAUGUAACUCCAGUGGAAUCUUGUCAUUGGGAAGCUCUGUAUAAUUUUCGGGUUUAUAAAUUUAUUCCUCGGUUAUCCUAUUAUUCCUAUUAUAUAUUCCUCGAUGUAAAAAUCUUAUGUUAUUUUAUGAAGGCAGUGUGCCCAAAGCAGUUCCAGGUAAUAGCAAUUGACUGCACAUCACUAUUUUACUUUCUGUUGUUAGGUCUUUGAUCUUUCACGUGUAAUUACUUAGUCAUAGAGUUAUGAUUUAAUGUCAGUGCUAUAUGAAGGUAGCACAUAGUUAUGUCGAAAUAACUCCUUUAAUGUGGGGUGUACUCACGAGGCAGUGUCUAGCCAGUUACCCUGAAGGGAAAACACAUUUACACCUGACUUACAUGUGGUUUUUGGAAUUUGGACAAUAUUUCUUUAACCCCUUAAGGACACGACAUGUGUGACAUGUCAUGAUUCCCUUUUAUUCCAGACGUUUGGUCCUUAAGGGGUUAAAAAUGAUUGCUUUUAACCUUUAUACAAAAAAAAAAAAAAAAAGGUUUUCAUCUUGCUGCAGGUAUAAUGGAUUAGACAUCAAAAAACCUUUCUAAAAUCUGUAACUUGUAUUUGUGUCCAUUACUGUCUUCUCUUCCAAACAAUACUCAGACACAUUAUUAUUCUAUUCACUAUUAGUUUUUGGUGGAGCUAGCGUUGAUAUAUUUCUAAUUAGCUAUUAACCCUGAGAAUGCCAUAUAAUUUUGAACGUUAUCUGGCUAACUAAACAAUUCUAUGAAAAUUAAAUAAAUUAGCAUGUAACUGGAAUCAGGGAUGAAGGGAAUCCAAAGUGUCUAAUCCAGCAGAGGACUUAGUGGUCUUGUCUUCAUUUAGUAUCCUAAGCUGGCACGUAGAUUCACAGUUUAGUAGACAAGCCGAAGGUCAGCUAGUGAGAAGACAUAUAGAAUAGAAUGGGAGGAUAAAGACACAUGACAUACAAAAGGAAUCAUAGAGAUGUACGAACAGGCACUGAGUAUUGAGUAGAGUUGGAGCAAGGUCAGAUUCAGGUCCAGAUUCACAGGCAGGGGCUGAGACUGAAAUUGGUUUAGUAAUAGAGCUAGGUUUCAGUGCAAGGUAUCAGAGUGACUGAACAUCGAACGAAGUGCUAUCUGAUCUUUGAAAAGGCACGCAUUGUAGGCACCUGUGCGGUGUGGGAAGACCUUGCGUUGCCCAGUGGUGCCAAGACUUAAAUUCAUCAAUUGUCCAGUGUGUCAAUUGCAACAGAAUGGGGAAAUGCCUAUAUCCUAGUCUGUUGGUGUGUCUUGAUGACUGAUCUUGUGACCAGUGACCUAGACAACAUGUGCACAGACUGCCUGGUAUCAUAUGAUGCUGGAUGCAUUUAUAUCACUUUGUCUUUGGCAAGCGCCCUGAAACACCGGCAUGCCAACGCUUGUUGUAAAUAAUUGCGGCAACCAAAUAGCAGGGAGUCUGAUUGCACGAGAGGCUCCUGGGGAAGGUAGGUGGCGGUUUUACCACUGCCUAUUCCAAAUAAAGAUUAUCAUAUUUCUAUUUUAUAUUUCACUUGAUACUGUCUUUUAGUUGAGGUAGAUUUAUCAAAGUGUGAAAUGGUUAGCGAACAAUACUAUGUUACUCCUUAGAGCUUAUAUAUUUCAAUGUCAAUGAUCAGGCUCACUUGUAUGCUCACAUUUUUCUUUCUCUUUUAAAUAUUUCUCUCUUGUGUUCUAUUCCAGACAUGUCUGAGGUGGUUUCAGUAAUGCCUACUUUUUGCUUUCCGAGAUCAGUUGAGUUGUGUGUAAACUAUGUGCUCAUGUUUGGGAAAAUCAUUUGAAUUCAAUGUUUAGAGCUUUACCUGUCUCUCAUGCCUGUCCAUAUCAGAUCCCAGCUAAGAUUGUGUCUUUUAGAAAACAGGAAGGUGAAUUGUUAGUGUAGGACUCACCUGGGAUAUUUGCCUUGAUGGGGCAUGUGAGCUUGCACUUCAAUGGCCAUUGGAAUGAUACCAGAAACCUCCAGUUAGUUAAAUGAGCACAAGAAUUUGGGAAAGUGAGCAGGUAACUUUUUUUUGCUUUGUUCUUUGUAUUUGGGCUGAUGUAUACUGUAGCCAUUGCUUCUGCCCAGGGGUAGUGGGAGUUUGAGCAUAGAGAUUAAUUUUGUGUGUUUGCACACAGCUGACAUAUGUUGUGGGUAAAAUCUUUUGUAGGCUGCUACUGUACAUUGCAGAUAAUUUACUUGGUAACACUACUAACUGGUGUAGCAAAUUCAUUCGUACAUCAGCUUUAUACACUUGUAGAAUACUUCAGCGUUCAAAAGUUCAUUGUUUAUUAAAGGGACACUAUAGUCACCCAGAUCACUUCAGCUUAGUGAAGUGGUCUGGGUGCCAGGUUCCUCAGGCUUUAAGGACUUGCCGCGCAUGCACAUUCGGCUCCGCUGACGUCGGCGGGGGAGGAGAGGUCACCAGUCCAGAGGGAGCCCGGCGCUGGAUUAAAGUAAAACCGCUAUGUUUUCCUGAAACUAUAGUGAUCCUUUAAAGGACAAACAUGUUUCUGCAUCAGGGUUAAUAAAAUAUAUUUUAAAUUGACUAUAUUUAUAAUGUAUAAUUUGUUAAACAAGUGUGAUCAUACCGAGCAUACUAUAUAUAUUUAUUUACACUUUCCUUACAGGUAUGAGCGAUUGGAAGAGCAGCUUAAUGACCUGACUGAGCUUCACCAGAAUGAGAUGACCCUUCUGAAGCAGGAGUUGGCCAGCAUGGAAGAAAAGGUUGCAUAUCAAUCAUAUGAGCGGGCAAGGGACAUUCAGGUGGGGAGAUGAGGGAGCUAAGUGUCUCCAUAUUGGUUCCCUGUCAGACAUUGUUAUAAGCGCUACUGUUUUAUAUGAUUGAACAUUAAUAUGAAGGUAAAAACGUAGAAAUAAUAAUUCUGUGUCUUCUCCAGUUAAACGUGUGCCCUGACUGUGCCUGGACUGAACUAGAUUGUAAUGUCAGUUGCUAAAUCUGAAAUAACGUUUUAAAAUAAAUAUAAGCGUGAACACUAAAAACAUGGGGGAAAAAUGGUUAACACAAGUUACCUGUGAUAUUUAAUGCUUUAUUCAGUGAUACAAUUUCCAGAAAAGUGAGAAGUCAUCUGCUUUAUCGUUACUUACUCAGCUGAUAAUAAAAUCAUAAUGAUUUGCUCAAUUUCUCAUUUCUUUCCUUACUCCAAAUUGAGAAACAAAAGAGAAAGUGAGCUAAAUAUCAGAAAACGUUCCUAACAGGGGUUUACCCUCAAAUUGAGAUCAACAAAAUAAACAAGAGCUGGAGUGUUAACUACAGGUGUAUAUAUCAUGCUCCUGCAGUUUCGCCGUUUAGUUCCCUGCCAUUUAGGAGUUAAUCACUUUGUUUAUACAGCCCUAGUCACACCUCCCUGCAUGCAACUUACACAACCUUCCCAGGGCCUGACUGGCCCACCGGGAUACCGGGAAAUUUCCCGGUGGGCCGUCGGCACCUGGGGCCGGGCAGCCAGCUGGCUCACCUGCAGCCGCAGAGGGCGCUCCUUUGGCGGCCGCAGGGUUUGCUGGCUGUUGUGUCUCUGCUCCCCCUCCCCAGCGCGCCGCUUAAUGAGACCGUCAUAUUCCGGCCCCGGUCUCAAUAAGCGGCGCGCAGGGGAGGGGGAGCAGAGACACAACAGCCAGCUCCCCCUGCGGCCGCCAAAGGAGCUCCCUCUGCAGCCGCCAGCCGCCAGUCCCCACAGGUAGAAAUUGUGUGUGUGUGUGUUUCAUUUGUGUGUGUCUGUCUGUGUCAUGGUGUGUGAGUGUGUCACUGUCUGUCAUGGAGUGUGUGUCUGUGUCAUUGUUUGUGUCUCUGUGUCCUGGUGUGUGUGUCACUGUCUGUCAUGGUGUGUGUGUGUGUGUGUCACUGUCUGUCAUGGUGUGUGUGUCUGUGUCAUUGUGUGUGUCUCUGUGUCAUGGUGUGUGUCACUGUCUGUCAUGGUGUGUGCGUUUGUGUCAUGCAAUGUGUGUCUGUCAUUGUGUGUGUGUGGGUCUGUGUGUGUCAUGGUGUGUGUGUGUGUUUGUCUGUGUCAUGUAAUGUGUGUCUGUCUGUCACGGUGUGUGUGUGUCUGUGUCACGGUCUCUCUGUGUCGUGGUCUGUGUGUCACGGUCUGUCUGUGUCAUGGUGUGUGUGUCUGUCUGUGUCACGGUCUGUGUGUGUCAUGGUGUGUGUAUGUGUGUGUGUCUGUCUGUGUCAUGGUGUGUCUGUCAUGGUGUGUGUGUGUUUCUGUCUGUGUCACGGUCUGUCUGUGUCAUGGUAUGUGUGUGUGUAUGUGUGUUUUUACUCACUUUUUUUUUUCCCACGUCAUGCUGGUCUCCCCUCGCCCUGCCUCUACGGCUGAGAUCAUCAAGCUUGAUGAUCUCAGCCAAUCCGCACUGACACAGGAAGCACCUCUAGUGACCGUCUGAGUGUCUGUCACUAGGAAGCAAUGUAAACACUGCCUUUUCUCUAAAAAGUCAGUGUUUACAUUGAAAAGCCUGCAGGGACAGGCUAUAGACACCAAUACCACUACAUUAAGCUGUGUGUGUGUGCGCGCGCUUGCUUGUGUGUUUGUGUGUGUGUGUGUGUGUGUGUGUGUGUGUGCCUGCUACUGAGUGAGCUUGUGUUUUUAUGUCAAUAACCUUAUGUAUGAGGCUGUGUAUCAAUCCGCUUGUGUCAGUGAGAUUGUCUGUGUAUGCAUGUGAGUAUGCUUACUGUAUAAUUAAAAAUUUUACUCUGAAAGGACCAAUAUUUUAUAUUGGAAAAAGCUAUAUAUAUAUGUAUAUGUGUAUAUGUGUAUAUGUAUAUGUGUGUAUAUAUAUAUAUAUAUAUAUAUAUAUAUAUAUAUAUAUAUAUAUAUAUAUGUAUGUGUAUAUAUAUAUAUAUAUAUAUAUAAAAUAUUGCCAGAGAUAGCACUCCAAGGACUAAUAUAAAAUAUAACUUUUAUUACCUUCAAUAAAACAACACAAGGUCAACGUUUCAGCUUGAUCCCCUCAAGCUUUCGUCAGGAGGUGUCCUGACGAAAGCUUGAGGGGAUCAAGCUGAAACGUUGACCUUGUGUUGUUUUAGUGGAGGUAAUAAAAGUUAUAUUUUAUAUUAGUCCUUGGAGUGCUAUCUCUGGCAAUAUUUUUUGCAUUUUUGGCUGACAAGCACCGGGCAUUGAAUAUUGAAUUGGUGGAGUGCAAGAUCCGUUUGGUUUUAUAUAUAUAUAUAUAUAUAUAUAUAUAUAAUCUAUCUCUAUAUAUCUCUAUAUAUAUAAUCUAUCUCUAUAUAUCUCUAUAUAUAUAAUCUAUCUCUAUAUAUCUCUAUAUAUCUCUAUCUCAAUCAUCUAGGGUUGCAAGACAUAGUCUUACAUAUUACAUGCGACAAUAUAUGGCGCAAUGACUUAUGGGGCUGGCAUAGAUUUUUUUUCCAGGGCUGCUUUGGAAUCCCCAGUCCGGCCCUGAACCUUCCUAAAUACUUCCUGUAAAGAGCCAUCUAAAGUUUGCAAAUUCUGUUUAAUUUAGAAUUUCUUAUUUUCUGCUGUUACUAACCCUUUAAAGCAUGCAGGAGCCUUCUGGGUGUGAUUAAAGUUUACAUAGCAGGACAUAUACGCGUUUAGAGUAAGUUACAUCUGAUUGAAAAUGAAACCAUUUUGUUUUCAUGCAGGCUGUGUCAAUCACAGCCACGGGAGGUUUGUUUAGGGUUCAGUGGACAGAGACAAAAGUGAUUUAACUCUAAAAGGGCAGAGAAUUGAGCAGUGAGACUUCAGAGGCAUUAUCUAUACACAAAAUGUGCUUAAUUAAGCUAAAGUUAUUUUGGUGACUUCUGUGCCCCUUUUAACUUUCAUUUACACAUUUCAUAAAAAUGUAAACAUCCACUAAUGAAGAGAAAACAAAGAAAACUAAAUUAGUAUUGCUUUAGUGGAGUAUCACCUUAAUAAUGAUAUGAAAUGAAAAACCUCCCAUUGCAUAAUAUUAGUGUACCCUGGUGUCCAACAGACUCCUACAAAAUGGAUGGCUUAUAUGUGCCAAAUACAGAAAAGGCAAAUCAUAGUAAAAGGGCAUAUCUCCUAACUGGAAAUCCAUAUGAAAGAUGAGUGCUAAUGUUCUGAUUCAAAAAUGUGAAGUCAAUACUGUUUAAAUCACUUAAUCAAUACUAUUUUUGUUUUCUUUUGUCUUCAUUAGUGGUUGUUUAGAUUUUAUGAAAUUUGGAGGAAAAAAAAAUUAAGUUUUAAUCAACAUUAUAUAUAUUUUGCUUUCCUACCACCUCUAGCUAACACUCCUGCUCUUGUUUAUUUUUUUUCCUUACUUAAUCUCCAUUUUCUCUUCUUCAUUUACCUCUUUUAUUGUCUCUGUUCGUGUCAUGCACCAGAUUAACACUCUGUCUCCCUUUCAGGAAGCUGUUGAGUCAUGCCUCACCAGGAUCACUAAGCUGGAAUUACAACAGCAGCAACAGCAAGUUGUCCAGCUGGAGGGGGUAGAAAACGCCAAUGCCCGAGCACUGCUGGGCAAGUUCAUCAACGUGCUGCUGGCCUUGAUGGCUGUGCUGUUAGUGUUCGUGUCUACGGCAGCCAGUUUUAUCACACCGCUGGUCAAAACACGUGUACGCCUUCUUUCCUCCCUUCUUUUCGUCCUCUCACUUCUCACACUAUGGAGAAACUGGGACUGUGUUUCUUACUGCCUAGAACAUAUUCUCCUACCAAGCUGAGUCCCUCAUACCACCCCUUCUAAUGACUCAAUUCUGCAUCCAUAUCCCACUUACCCCACAUUAACGGGAUGAGAGACAUUGGGGAAGUGCUGGUUAGCACACUUAAAAUAUAUAUAUCUAUAUCUAUUGACAUAUACUUAUAGAUAUAUAUAUAGAUAGAUCUAUUUAUGCAUAUAUUGAUGAACCUAUAUAGAGCGUCUUGUUACUAUAGGGGCCACUAAUUGUCUAUCGUGCUCCCAACUGAAGAAAGAAGGAGCCUACAGAGCAAUGUGGAUAUUAGUUAUAGACUAAUGCUCUGAAUAAAGUGAAAUGACAUAGCAACCGUAGAAUGGGUAAUACUUACGUGUAUUAUGUAGGUGUCGACACAAUGUAAAGGUCUGUAUUAGAGGGAGAGAUAUAGUGGAGUAACCUGAAUUACAAUAUCUACUAUUCCUCUAAGAAUCGAAAAAGUAUAAUGCCGUGCUUCAAAGAAAAUCAUUUUCUGAGUAUGCCAUACAAAGUAUUAUGGGAACCAAGGCUUUGCACAUUUUGAGUCAGCUGCAUGGAUUGACAGACUCAGAAAAACCCAAAAUCCACCUUCUGUCUUUUAUAUGACUCAAAAAGAUUACAUUGCAAUCUACCCUUAAGGUACAGACGUUAAGAGUAUAAAGAUGUCCUGUAAUGAGGAGGGUUUGGGGAGCUGAGGAUUGUUGGGGGAUAUAGCUCUAGCAAUCAGGACGGCUUCUCUUUUCUGACCAUGUGCAUUUUUACUCCGUAUGGUAAGCUAAUGAAUUUAUUACUCACAUAAAGGCUGCUGGUAAGUAUUCCGUGGCAUGAAGGUGAGCUGAAAGGGAUUUGCAAGUAAGAUGGAGAUGGCAGAACGGUGCUUAUAUUACAAAUGUAAUUAAUUAUAAUUUACAUGCAAUAAAUAUGAGAUGCUUCUGUGUUGGUUAACACGGUGUGGCAUCGCUGGCUAGUUUGCAAAAAAUGGAAUGGCAAGAUGGCGGUCAAACCAUUCCUUUUUCCUGCACUUGUGCUCAAAUUCUUAAAUUUACACUAUUUUUGGAUAGAUAUACGUUAUCUGUCCUUUUAUUUAUUUAUUUUAUCUAUAGCGCACAUAACUGUGAUCGAAGAAAUGUGUUGAUUUCUACUUGCGUGGUCUGGCAAGUUGGGCAGCCGUUAAUUGAUUCUGACUGCUAUUAAAAACAAUCUUGCAGUACUUAAAAUGGUUGUCUUUCCAGAAGGUGAAUAGGCCUUUCAACAUGCACUUUUUAUUAUAUUUUUUUUUAUAUAUCAUAUAUUAAUAUUUUAAUUACCAGUUGGAUGAUAGGGCAUUCCUGUACCAUCAAAGAAUGAGCAGAGUUUUUAACAGCCCAAAAAAUACUGCACUCCAUAUCACAUGCCUGCGUGAAGCUCUUUAAUUUGAUUAGAUUUAUUUUUUCAUCAAUAAAUGUACAUAUGUGGAGAGUUCUCUAUCAAGAAUUGACAUAUACGCAUCAUAUCAUAUGUUAGACUGACAUUGAGCAGUCUGUUCCAUCCUCACGGCUGGUGGGAUUGGUAUUAUGAUCUAUGUAAUACAGCAUUUUGGUGGGAAUGUAACCCACGUUUUCUGAUUUUUCCCAGUUAUUGGUGACCUCCUGUAUCACAUGGCAAGAUUUCAUUUUCUUGCUUAUGUGCAAAUAAAAUUUACACGUUUGAAAAAAAUAUAUAGAGUUUCUGUUUUGUCUGUUAAAGAUUAUAUUAAUACUUCAAGUCAUGGGCAAUAUUUGCUACUUCCUGUUCUGUAAAUGCAACAUUAAAUGAUCUUGUUCUGUUUUUCUGUAAAUGAAGUGCAAUUCAUGAAAAAUAAGUUUCAAGGGAAAAUAAUUUCCAUACCUGUAGCCUAAGGAAUAAAUAUCUCUUCAGAUAGUGCCUGUAGUAUUGCUAGUUUAAAGUGAUAUUCUAAGCUCCAAAACAACAGUAGUUUAAUGAAGCAGUUCUUAGGAGUUAAAUUGCUUUGUUUAUCCAGUCCCAGUCACUCCUCCCCUGCAUGUGAUCCACACAUUUUCCUUAAACAUUUCCUAUAAAGAGAGAUCUAAUGUCUAAACGUCCUUUAUUGCACAAUUUGUUGGAACAGAAUAAGAGAACUGUGGAAAAAUUGCAGGUAGAUCAAGAAGUGUCACAUUACUCCAUGUCAACCUUAGCUCUCAAGUCUGAUCACGGCAGGCACCACAGAUAGCCGCAGAAGAUGUACUGGAAAGCAAGUUUGUUUUGUCCACAGGAUGGAGAUUAUAACUAUAAGGCAAAUAAAGG